AUGGAACUGUUGAAGAUUAUCGCGGAAGCUUUGCGAGGAGCGUCCAUCGUUAUGAUUUUGGUCAGUUUUUUCCUUUGCAACUAUGGAAUUCUUCAAGCGGACUGGGGUUAUUUCAACAAUGACAUCGCAUUCGGCCCAUUAGGAGGCCCCGUCUGCUAUCACAACAAUACGGAGGAUGUACAGAAAUGCAAAGAUGCGUUUCGAGUAAGUUCUACAUGUCUUCUUGGCGUGCAAACCCUAUCCAAAAAAUGGAAACGCUACCGCCGCGGACCUGAUCCAGUGGCAAAAAAUGUACCAUUUUGCAUCCGGAAAGUAUCAAAAUUGUAGCAAAAUACCUCCAUCUCGAAGUGGAAAACUCCAAUCUUUUUGUGAGUGGAAGGGCGCGCUCUUCAAAACGGGAGUUUUUUAGUUAGAGAAGGAGGUAUUUUGCUUAUUUUUGAGAGUUCCCGGAUGCAAGAUGGUAUGUUUUUUUGCCAUUGGAUCAGGUCCGCCAUGGCAUGAGUCUCACUCAAUAUUUAAAGAAAAUUCUGUUUAAAUUUUUGCCAGGUUUCUUCGAAAUUGCCAUAAAUAAUACUUUCAGGGCCGCUUCAAUGCUGAUGUUGGGCAUGCGAUUCUGACGAAUUUGGCACUUGGCCCGGCCCUUGGUUUUAUCGCGUUAUGCGGUUUGAUUCAUAAUGUCUUUUCCGAAAUGUGGGAAACGGCGGCUUCGGCUAUGCUUCUCCUAGUUGGAUCAUAUUUAUGUGUGUGCGGUCUUAUAAUGGCCGACCGACACGUUGACGACAUGCGUAAGAAUUUUUUAUUUUUCAGCGCAAAACUUUUGGCUAUAACUAAUUUUCAAUUCUUAAUUUUUUCAGUCCACUUGAACAUUACGGGUUUCACUAACAACCCUUCAUACAACAAGGUCUGGGGCCCGGUUAUUUAUAUGUACGGCUGUUCUUUUUUGGUGUAUAGUUUUAUUUGUGUCGUGGCCUUAUUCACUUUAAAAAUUUGA